UGGAUAGCCUCAAAAAAACCUCACCAACAACAAUGGAUGCUUCAAGGGAAAAUUGUUGAGCUUUUUGGUAUCUGUCAAUUGGUGAAACUUUAAAAGAGAGGUCUUUAUUCUAAAUGAGUGGUGCAGAACCCCAAUUUUCUUCUUUUCUUCUUCACUUUCUUUUUCAAGGACAACAAUAUACCUUAUAUGAUGAACACUAGAGACACAACCUUUACAGGAGACCAAGAUCAACAAUGUUCAACAGCUCUGAGCAGCUUCUAGAAUUCAAAUACCUGCACAGGGUUCCUGGCAUCAAUGUUAAGAAUCAGCAGAACUUAUUCAAAAGUUUCUGAAGUCUUUCUGCAGCAAUCUACAGCCAUUAAUGUUACCUGCAUCACUUGAUGACCACAUUAUGAGAAAUGAUAUUUGGUAGUGGAGCUACUCAGGGCAAAACAUUACAUUCCCUCAUCAUAUUGUCAUUUUGACUUAUUCUACCCAUCUUUACAAUCCUGGGAUGUAUACAAGCGAAGAAUAUAGAGGUACCCAUGAAGCUGAACUCAGCAUUGCACCAUGUAUAAUGAUGGAGUGGAACCAAUUGCUCCACCUAGAGCCCCUUCAUUUUGGAGAUAGAGAACUUUGACUGAGAAAUGGAGAUUUGCCUGGAGGUUUAUAAGAAACUUGCCAUAAUUCAGUUGCCGAAAAUCAAGAUGGCAUCUAACUUGAGGCCAGCUCCAUGUUAUGAAAACUAUGCAUACCAGACAGAAAAUGUUCCUCCAGGAUUUACCAGAGAUUAUAAUAUGUAUCCACACUACACGUCUACAUAUUAUCCUUCACCACUGCCUCAUUAUGUUCCAAGAGUUUCUACUCAACAGUCAAUCCCAGUGCCAGUUUUACAGACAAAAUCUGCAAAAUGUACACCAAGAACCAAAAAGGCAUUGUAUUUCCUAUCAAUUACUGUACUAAUAAUAGGAGCUGGAAUUUCUGCUUUUCUCAUCUGGUAUUUUGUGACAGAUAGUUGUUUUGGCUCCAAGAUACAAUGUGGUUCACUAAGAGUGUGUGUAUCACCAUCUGAAUGGUGUGAUGGAAAAAAAGAUUGCCCUAAUGGUGAAGAUGAAAAUCGUUGUGUUAGACUUUAUGGACCAGAAUUUCUCUUGGAAGUCUAUUCAUCUGAAAACAAAGAUUGGUACUCUAUAUGCUAUGAUGAUUGGAAUAAUAAAUAUGGAAAGACUGCAUGUGAAGACUUGGGAUAUAACUCGAAAACCUAUUUCAACAGCAUGGCAAUCCCAGCUACCACUGGUUCUGCAAACAUUUUGAGGGUCAAUACUAGUGCUGGAGACAUAGACCUGUAUAAAAAAUUGUACAACAGCAAGUUGUGUCCAUCAAAGCAAGUGGUAGCCCUGCGAUGCAUAGAGUGUGGCAUUUCAAAUAAACCUACAAGUGCCAGAAACAGAAUUGUGGGUGGAAAUGCUGCAUUACCUGGAGAAUGGCCAUGGCAAGUCAGCCUUCAUAUUCGGAGAAUUCAUCUCUGUGGAGGAUCUAUUAUCACCCCUGAAUGGAUAGUAACAGCAGCUCAUUGUGUAGAAGGGGCACAUUCUGAUCCAUCCUCCUGGAAGGUUUAUGCAGGGAUUCUGAGACAGCCAGAAAUGGUUCCUUCAAAGGGAUUUAGAGUAGCCAGAAUAAUAUCUCAUCCCAACUAUGAUUCAACUUCCAAAAAUAAUGAUGUUGCUCUUAUGAAGCUACAAUCUCCUCUAAGUUUUAAUGAUUUUAUUCGACCUGUUUGUUUGCCCAAUGCUGGAAUGAUGUUUGAGACUAACCAACAGUGUUGGAUAUCUGGAUGGGGAGCUAAAUACCAAGGAGGUAACACUUCAAAGGAACUGAAUGCAGCAGCUGUACCUCUGAUAGACUCAUAUAUAUGUAAUGGAAGAUAUAUCUAUAAUGGAAUUGUUUUGCCUACCAUGAUAUGUGCUGGCUACUUACAAGGAAAGGUGGAUUCUUGUCAGGGUGAUAGUGGUGGUCCAUUGGUAACCAUGACAAAUUUGUUAUGGUGGCUAGUGGGUGACACAAGUUGGGGAACAGGCUGUGCUACUCAAUAUAAACCUGGAGUUUAUGGUAACAUUACUAUGUUCACAGAAUGGAUUUACCGAAACAUGCAGGCAAACAGAUGAUACUGCUUCCUUUGAGUCACUUUAAUCAAGGGCGGAACAAAUCCUUUUGUUCCUUAUAAAUCCUUGGUUGUGCUUUCAAAAAUGACUUCUGAGUCCUUAACACUUCAUAUGCAGACUAUAAUGGGAAUGUUUGCAAACUGGUUCCAUUUGCGCUGCCUCGUUUCGUAACAAGCAGUUGAAGAACCUGAUUUCUUGAAACUGGUGUUAAUAAUCAAAGGCAAGCACAUUCUUUUUACGAACUAGUUGUUGGUUUCCUUUAUUUCUGAAGAUUCUCUACCAGUUGGCAUUCAUUUUAAAGUUAAAAAUAAUGUUUGUAAAUUAUAAAUUAUGUUUUUGCUUUUGAAAUCAAAUGCAGCAUCUCAAUGUUUUAUAAGUGAUGUUUAAUAUUUAGGAUAUUAAUGUUGAGCAUGGGCUGCUGGAUGGCCCAAUUUUUUUAAAGUGAGAAAGAACCACAUGAAUAUUUUGAUAUAAGAUGUGAAAGAUUUUUCUUACGAAUAUUACUAUGCAUCUUUUGUACCCAAGUAUUCAUUAUUUUUAUUCUCCAAUAGGUGUUAAUGAUUCUGAAACUAUAUAAUUUGAGUAUACAUCUCUUUCAAAAUGUGUGGAUAGAUUCAAGAUCAGCUUAUUCUAGAAAACAGAAAUACUAAUUUCUAGGCACAUAUUUUUGAUGCAGAAUGAACAAAACAAGUAUUCUAAAACGUCAAUAAUUCUGCUUCUGCUGUGGUAGCUGGAUGUGCUAGAUAGGUCCUCAGCUGCUGAAAACAAUAGCAGAGAAUAGAAAGUUAUUUUGUGAAGGUGCAUUACAUACUGAAUUGAAUCUGUCAGUUCUACCUCAUUUUGUAAAACAGUAACAAUUUGGAAUGGGUUAGGAAAAUGUACUGGUCUGGUUUUUUUUCUUAAAAAUCCUAUUUGCAGAAGCAGUUUUUAAAGUUAAAAAACUGAUUAAUAUAAUCACCAAUCAUUGGCAUGUUAGGAGGAUGUCAGGCUAAGAAAGGCUGCUAUUGCAGCAGUAAAAUGUUAAUUCUGUGAGUCCUAUGAUUUGGACCAAACUAAUUAUGCUGCUAUUGAAAUGCACUUUUUAAAAUAUAUGUGUUGGUGGGAAAAUUCACUUCAAGUUUUGGGAGUGCAAUACUUUUAUACAAUGAAGUGCCAUUGAAAUGGUUAUUGAAAACAUUAAAUGUAUUUCAAUAAAGUGAAAUCAAUGUAAAUCAUGCAUAAUUAUUAAGUUUCAGUUAGUAAACAUUUGGGUAUUUUAAGUUUCAAGAAUGAAACACACCAUUCUUUGUCUCAUCUACAAAGAAUUUGAAAAAUAAAUGUUUUACAAAUACA